AUGACCAGCUCAACUCCCCGAGGGCGUAUCCGGGAGAUCAUCCCCGACAUCAUUAUCGGGCGAUACCCCACCGGCCCGCUUAAUUCCUUGACCGACGUUCCCGGUGUCCUAGUCCAUACCGAAUCCCUCUGUCGUACCUCCCCCACGAUCGUCAAUACCGGCGUCACUACCAUUCUCCCUCGGCGCGAAUGGUUCCACGAUGGCUGCCACGCCGCCUUCUUCAAAUUCAACGGAAGCGGGGAAAUGACCGGUAGUCACUGGAUCGAGGAGACGGGGAUACUCAACUCGCCCGUCAUCCUGACCAAUUCGUUCGCGGUCGGACCGUGCUAUUCGGGCAUCUACGAGUACGCGGUGGACAAGUACAAAAAUCAAGAUGGGCUGGUAGAUUGGUUUCUGCUGCCAGUUGUCGGGGAGACGUAUGAUGGGUAUAUGAGCGAUAUAGGCGCCAUGGCGAUCAAGUCGGAUAUGGUCGUUCGGGGGAUUGAGGAGGCUAGUGCGGACAGGGUGCCAGAGGGGAAUACGGGGGGCGGGACGGGGAUGUGCUGUCAGGGUUAUAAGGGUGGGACGGGGAGUGCGAGCCGAGUCGUGGAAGGGGUGAUCAAGAAGGAUGGGGGGGAGGAGAAGGUGGUGUAUACGGUCGCAGCGUUGGUUCAAGCUAACUACGGCGCCAAGCGCGAUCUUACGAUUGGGAACGUACCUAUCGGUAGACUCCUCAUGGAGGAGGAAGCAGCGCAAGCUAGCAAGAAGCCAGAAGCGCCGGUCGAGGAGAGACAGAAGGACGGAUCUAUCAUCAUUGUCAUCGCUACAGAUGCUCCGCUACUCCCCAUCCAGCUUAAACGACUCGCAACUCGAGCGACCGUCGGUCUAGCUCGCGUUGGCGGAUGGGGCGCAAACUCAUCCGGUGACAUCUUCUUUGCCUUCUCGACAGCCGCACACAUCCCCAAAGACGCAUCGGUCACCCGCUUCACCCCCACCGUGGUCGGUUCUAUCGACAUUAUCGAUACAGAAGGGAUCAACGGCUUGUUUGAGGCAGUCGCGGACUCGGUCGAGGAGGCCAUAUACAAUGUUUUGACGAGUGCGGAGAGCAUGGAAGGGCCUGGAGGGAUGCGGAUGGAGGGAUUGCCGACGGACGUGCUGCAGCGGUUGAUGAAGAAUUAUUAUGUUCCUGUUCCGUUUACAGCGUGA